CAACCCUUCAAAGCAACCACAACUUCCUGUUAGUAUUGAAUCAUGGCGCCUGGAGGUUCGUUUGUGUGGACAGACCGCGAGGUUGAACUACUAUUAAAUACCGUGUUGGAGUACAAAGUUAAUAAAACUCAGGAAAAUGUCGACUGGGAAUCCUGUCAGAACAAGUAUGUUGAUAUUUUAGCGCUUUUUUUAGAGCAUUACCCAACGGAGUCCUCCGACGAGUUUCCCCAUUCACAUGCCGACAUCACGCGCGGGAAUUUAACAACAAAAAUGAAAGCAGUCCGAGGUAAAUAUCGCCAUGCUGUUGAUACAGGACGCAGGAGUGGACACGGUCGAGUGGUUCUUCUGUACUUCGAACUGUGCGAACAAAUCUGGGGUGGCUCUCCAGCUAGUACUACCAUAUCCUCCGGUAUUGAAACAGCUGACCUGGAUCAUUCUCGGACCCUACCCUCACCAUCCACAUCUUCUUCCUCCACUACCAUGGAUGUAGCAGACACAGGGUCUGAUAAUGAAAGCAGUGUGGGUCCUACUUCAAAGGAGAGGAGAGACCUGCUUGAUGCAAAACUAAAAGGACACAGACACGACCGUCUGAGGAGAAAGCUGCCUGCUGAGACCCAGUGGCUGAAUGCUCUUGAGGAAGACCAGCGUGUGAAAAAGAGACUGGUGGAAAUCAUUGAGACAUCAGAACAAAAAGCAUCCGAAAACUAUUCAAAAAUGUCCAAUACACUGGAAAGACUUACCAUAUCGAUUGUUGAUGGGUUUUCUCUUCUUAAACAGUGUGGACAAAGAUUUAGUCGGAAGGACAGUUUAAAUUUACACAUGAGAGUCCACACAGGAGACAAGCCAUUUCCUUGUAAACUUUGUGGACAAAGAUUUAGUCAGAAGACACAUUUAAACUCACACAUGAGAGUCCACACAGCAGACAAGCCGUUUCCUUGUGAACUUUGUGGUCAAAGAUUUAGUCAGAAGUCAAGUUUAAACUCACACAUGAGAGUCCACACAGGAGACAAGCCGUUUCCUUGUGAAGUUUGUGGACAAAGAUUUAGUCAGAAGAAAACUUUAAACACACACAUGAGAGUCCACACAGGAGACAAGCCGUUUCCUUGUGAAAUUUGUGGACAAAGGUUUAGUCAGAAGAAAACUUUAAACUCACACAUGAGAGUCCACACAGGAGACAAGCCGUUUCCUUGUGAACUUUGUGGACAAAGAUUUAGUCAUAAGAUAAGUUUAAACAGACACAUGAGAGUCCACACAAGAGACAAGCCAUUUCCUUGUGAAGUUUGUGGACAAAGAUUUAGUUUGAAGGCAAGUUUAAACUCACACAUGAGAGUCCACACAGGAGACAAGCCGUUUCCUUGUGAACUUUGUGGACAUAGAUUUAGUUUGAAGGCAAGUUUAAACUCACACAUGAGAGUCCACACAGGAGACAAGCCGUUUCCUUGUGAACUUUGUGGACAAAGAUUUAGUUUGAAGGCGAGUUUAAACAAACACAUUAGAGUCCACACAGAAGACAAGCCGUUUCCUUGUGAACUUUGUGGACAAAGAUUUCGUCAGAAGUCAAGUUUCAACACACACAUGAGAGUCCACACAGGAGACAAGCCGUUUCCUUGUGAACUUUGUGGACAAAGAUUUAGUCAGAAGACACAUUUAAACUCACACAUGAGAGUCCACACAGGAGACAAGCCGUUUCCUUGUGAACUUUGUGGGCGAAGAUUUAAUCAGAAGUCAAGUUUAAACUCACACAUGAGAGUCCACACAGGAGACAAGCCUUUUCCUUGUAACCUUUGUGGACAAAGAUUUGGUCAUAAGACAUCUUUAAACUCACACAUGAGAGUCCACACAGGAGACAAGCCAUUUCCUUGUGAAAUUUGUGGACAAAGAUUUAGUCGUAAGACAUCUUUAAACUCACACAUGAGAGUCCACAUAGGAGGCAAGCCAUUUCCUUGUGAACUUUGUGAACAAAGAUUUAGUCAGAAGUCGAGUUUAAACAGACACAUGAGAGUCCACACAAGAGUGAAAACUUUCUGACUGAAAAUAUUAAAAUAGCUAUUCUAGGCCAUG